AUGGACGCAGCCGCCGCUUCGUUUGUCUUCCCAAAGGUGACCCCUUUUAGCUCCACUCUCCCCAAGAGCAGCCGUCUCCUCUUCCUCAGGCAUUCUAACAAACACUUUGAGCGCAAAGGUUUAUCCGUGAAGAACAACAAUCCAAGCUUCAACAGCUGUCAUUUAUCGGUCGCUCCCGAUUCAGUAAACCCACUUCGGGUCGGGUCGGGUUUUCCAUCUCUGGGCCUGGGGACCCCUUCGAACCACCCCAGAACCCUUUUCCCCCUUCGCAUUUUCAGAUGCUCCGUCUCGAGUUCUGCGGCCUCAUCCGGCCCAGAUGCUCCGUCUCGAGUUCUCGACUCCCUGAAAUCCACCCUGUCGGAGCUGACUCCGGCCGACGUAUGCAAGUGGAGCCUGGCGUUCUGUGCCGUGAUCGCCGUGUCCAAAUGGACGGCGAACCUGCUCUUGAGCCCCUUUUUCUGGCUAUACUUCAGUUGGACUUGGAUUUUUUGGCCGUGGAUGGUGGCCGUAGCCGUUGCAAUCUGCGGCUGUUACUGCCUCAGGAAGUAUCUCAAGGGAGAGGCCACAGAGAUCGAGCAACUCGGAAUCGUGACCUCUGCUUUCACUUGGCUUACGCUAGUCCCUCCGGCCCACUUCAACGGAUUUCUCGAGGGCUGGCCUUUCGUAUUCUUCCUAGUCUACCACUUCUUCUUUUUCUUACACGUAAGUGUUCGAAAAAGACUCUACGGGGAUCUUUAUGCUCGGGAGCACGACCCGAAAUGGGAUAUCAGCUUGCCAAAUCUUGACAAGAUUCUCUUUUGUGCCGGAGUAUUUCUGGCCCAUUGGCUAGCAGCCUUUGAGGGGGUCGAGCUCCACCUCGUGCCUGGAGGGUGGAACAAUUUGGGCAUCUGGGUUUUGAUCCUUGCCUCGGUUUUCCUUCAGUAUGGCUCGGUUCUGUACUUAUCAAAGUACUCAGAACGAGUCGUUGAGCCGACUUCAGUUGUUCACGUCGGGCCGUAUAGGUUCGUGCGCCAUCCUAUGUAUGCGUCGACAGUUCUUUUGUUUGCAUCAUACUUUACGGCAUUACGAGCACCGUGGAGUUUGCUGUUUUUGGUCGGGAUUUGCUUGGUGUACUAUGGGAAGAAGGCAAAGUUGGAGGAGGCCCUAUUGCUCGAGACAUUCGAGGAGAGGUACAGCGAGUACAUGGCGAGGGUUAGGUACAGGUUUAUUCCGUUUAUUUAUUAG